CGCUGUGGAAGUUGGUCGUAACAGAGUACAUGGACUCGACUCCUGAGGGGACGAAAUAUGCCGAAUAAAACAGAAGUCACAUACUACGGCUUGAUCAAUCAAGGAUCUACAUGCUACCUAAACAGUAUCCUGCAGGUUCUGUUUAUGACCAAGGAGUUCAGAGAGGCUGUGAACAGGUCUGUCGAAGAAAACUCUUCCCAGAAAAUUGGUCAUCAUCUAAAAGAUUUAUUUGAAGAUUUACAGAUAAAGCAAACAAACACAUCAAAAAUAAUAAAAGCCCUGGACAUUCAGAAUGUGUAUGAACAGCAGGAUGCAGCAGAGUACUUCGAGAAGGUUUUAAGGGCUACCAGUUAUCAAGCAUCCAAGAUCUUCCAAGGAGAGCUUAAUCACGUGACCAUCUGUAAAGUAUGUGACCAACCUACUGACAGCAUUGGACCUUUCUGGCAUCUUCCUCUGGAGCUUUUGGACUCCAAAGAAAUCUACAGUGUGGAGAAUGGCAUCAAGAACUUUUUUGAGCCUACAGUAUUUAACGGAGACAACCAAAUGUACUGUGAGAACUGUGACAUAAAAGUUGAUGCCAGCAGACAAUACGUUAUAAACCGUUACCCAGAUGUUCUGCUUCUGCUGCUGAAGAGGUUUGACUUCAGCUACAAAUACAUGUCAUAUGUGAAAAUCAACUGUAAUGUUGAUUUUCCCUAUGAAUUACACAUACCGGAGAAUCAGACAUAUGAGCUCUAUUCUGUUGUGGAUCAUUCCGGUGACCUGAGAAGUGGACAUUACUACGCAAAAAUAAAAUCCCAGGAUGAAGGAAACACAUGGUACUGCUUUGAUGACACUUGGGUCUCACCGACUGAGCUAAAAAACUGUCCAGGAAAGGAGAACAUUGCAAGAUCCUCCAGUGCGUAUCUUCUAUUUUACAGAAGGAAAGGCCAAGACAGUGAAGAAAUGCAGCAGACCCAAAAUGAUACACUUUCUGGACCAAAUGUUCACCAAACGAAGAAAUCUCUUGACUUGGAUAACAGAGAUCCAAAGACUAACAAUAUGGAGAUAGAAAAUACCAGAUGGCGAGAAAAUAGAUAUGAAAACUCCACUAAAGAGAAAGAAAGAGAUACUCCUGAUUUUAGACCUAAACCCAAAGAAAACUUGGCUGUGCAUGUUUAUGGCACAACUGACAAAAGCAGAGAUGAGGAUGAAAAGAUAGAUGGAGACGAUAAACAUAUUACAGAAAAUGCUGAGGGCAAAGCUAUUCAGAAAACAAACAGUGAUGAGCAGGAAGAGACACAGUUGUCUGGAGAUUUAAAUACUCAAAAAUCUGUUAGAGACCAAAGUGAGAUAAACGAUGCAAACCCAAAUGAGAAACAACAGACAUGGGAGAUAGAUGAUAAUACUAACACACUGAUGACUGGUAAAAAAGCUGAUAAUGUUUCACUAAGUGAUCAGGGGAAGGAGAGUAAACAAACUGAUGGUAAACAUGAAGCCCUUAAAACUGAUGAGUAUCACAAUACAUCAGAUGAGGAUAGUAAUGAAACAACUUUUAAAGAAAACGGGGAAGCUCCUGUCACUGGUUGCCAUCACAAUAGUGUAGGAGAUGUUGAAAGUAAGGAAAACAAAUCUGAACAUGCUCAUAUAGAUCACAGUGCAAGCUACAAAGAUCAAGCACAGAAAAAUGAAAAUGUCUACACUGACACAACUGGUUGGCAGAAAAGGUUAGAUACUGAACAUGAAGAAACAAGUAAACUACUAAUGGCACAAUCUCACCAAGACAAACGUACACCACAUCAGAAGAAGAGAAACACUGAAGAAGACAAUGGUCCAGAAGAAGAACAUUGUUUGAAAACCCACACUAAAUGUAGAGACGAUGAAGAUGUUGAGGAUUGUCAUAGACAAUCUGGAACAUGGACAAAAAAGAGACAGAGAGGGGAAAAAGCAGCUGGAAAGGAGAAAGAAAGAAGUAUUAAAAAUCCAGUCCAGGUUUCUGCAGGUGGAAGACAUAGCUCAAGGAAGUCUGCCAAUGUACCAGAAGUAAGCAGUGGGAGCAUAUCAGGUGAGAAUAAAAGGUCACGUGGCAAAGAAAGUAAAGUGUUACAAUACAUGACUGAAGAACGAGUACACAUCAUUUCGGAGGACAAUCAAAAAACAACAACAUCUAUGGCAGCCAGCAAGGCUAAAAAGCAUGCAAUGACUCAGCCAAAAGAAAAGGAAACUACCUUAAAUGUAGAGCUUCAAGUAGCUGAGGGAAACCUAAAUUUGAAAAGAAGUAAUCCCCAUUUGCUCUGUUUCCCUGUUAGCAAGAAGCAUAUCAAAAAGGAUAGAGGGAAGAAGAGCAAGAAUAAAAUAUCAAAAUUCAUGUGUUUCUCAACCACUGAAAAUGGAGAUAGUGAUUAAGGGGUGGAAUAAUAGAAGUAGUAAUAUAGUUGUAUAGUGCUUGUCUCAUUGUCUCUCCGUCAGUAAUAGAUCUUGUUUAGACAUGUUGUUUUAUAUUAAAUUUGAUUGAUUUCCAAUAACAUUAAAAAAUAGUUUAAUCUAUUGAUUUAAAAUGUAUUUGUUGCAACUGAAAUUUUGCUAUAUCAUUUGAAAAAGAACAAUAUUUGUUUUCCAUGUAUUUCACAUUUAUUAUGUAUACCUAAAAUAAACAUUCAGCUAGGUAGGACAUAAAUUGAUAUCCUCUUCUGGAUUUAAAAACAUACAAUGACACCAUAAGAAGCCCUAAAACAAUGGGGUCAGAUGGCAUUAGUAAUCUACUCUAUGUGACAAAUGGAAUUAAAACUGAGAUUCUAAAACAGUUUGUAUUUAAAUCAAACAGGGUUCAGCUUCAGAUUUCUUAGCUAAAUAUUGAAUAAAUCCCCUUAUUCAUUUAUCAGCAGGUGUGUAGGGCAGUGGAGAAAUGUAAAAGUUGUAGGAUAUCUGUCUUCAAGGAUUUGAGUUUGAGACAUAUGUCUUAAAGAAUGAUUUUAAUUUUGAAUUUGUUUUGCUGAUUAUAUUCUAAUAAGUUAAUUGUACACUACUUGAUUAAAUGCCACGGGUUUCAAAAAGGAAAUGUUUGUAUUAAUGUUGUAUUUUCAUUUUUAUUUCUAGUUUUCUUGUA